ACGCGGUGCGGGAUUCUCCGUUAAUUCCCUUCCCGCCCGGACGGAAUUGGAAGAUCUUCUGGCUGAAGCUAACUGGUUUUUCACAAAUUUGAGCGCAUCUCCAGUUUAUCAUACCGAACCCAAAGGGAUUCAAGAUUUUGAUACGAACAAUAAUAUUUGGCUGAAGUAGCGAAGGGGAACCCCUGAUGAAGACCCCUCCAUCUGCUUUCUACAAAAACCCCGUCAAGUUCAGAAUCCCAACUGCUGAUAAUUUGGUACCCAUUCGACUGGAUAUCGAAAUUGAUGGCCAGAGAUACAAGGAUGCUUUCACUUGGAACCCUUCUGAUCCCGAUUCAGAGGUGGUGGUCUUUGCAAAAAGGACAGUUAAAGACUUAAAGUUGCCUCCAGCUUUUGUCACACAGAUUGCUCAAUCCAUUCAAUCCCAGCUGGCAGAAUUCCGAUCAUACGAAGGACAGGAUAUGUAUGCUGGAGAGAAGAUUGUUCCUAUCAAGCUUGAUCUUCGUGUAAAUCAUACUCUCAUAAAGGACCAGUUUCUAUGGGACUUGAACAACUUCGAGAGUGAUCCUGAAGAGUUUGCUAGAACCUUUUGCAAAGAUAUGGCUAUUGAAGACCCUGAGGUUGGACCUGCUAUUGCAUUUGCGAUCAGAGAGCAGCUUUAUGAGAUUGCAAUUCAAAGUGUAGUCUCAGCAAGAGAAAGCAGGAUGAACAAGAAGGGUCGUCGGGGAUUUGAAUAUACUCCAGUCAGUAAAGGAGGCACUACAGCAGUGGACUUGGUCAAGUUAUUUGGUCAGAAAUCUAGUGUUGUUCGGAAAAGAAAGGAGUGGGAUGUGUAUGAACCCAUUGUGGACCUUCUGUCCAAUGAGGAAGUUGAUGCUCUGGAAGCAAAGGAAGAAAGAAAUUUCAGGUGACAUGUUGCAGGGUUAGUCAUUCUUUAUUCUC